AUGCAUCUCAGGCUGCACCUCAUUUUGGUACUCGUCGUCUGUUUGCAAUGGGAAACACAGGCCUGUGAGCCGAACCAAACUCAAAACGGCUGCAAAAUCUACGGCACCUCAUGCACGUGUGGUUAUGGAUGCAAAACUGAAUACAUUUACAAGACAAGAAGGGCUUGCUUGAACGCGCUUCGAGAGAGAAGUUCAAACGUCUGCGUGCGAAUGCCGUGUUUACGAGGGAUAUGCAUACAGACUACGCAAGACCCAGGUUUUACUUGCAAAUGUGAAGGUACCGGGUUCUAUGGCCAGAGAUGUGAAAAAGCAUGUCCAACUGAUCAAUCAAGAGGCUUGGUAUUUCCACACGAAUGUAUCGUUAUUUAA